AUGUGGCUACAGCGCGCCAGUGGGCAUGGAAGCUUUGCAGCGAUGAGGUGGCUUAUGUUUUUCGUCUUGCCGCAGGUUAGUAGUCGUAAACCUUGCCACUGUUUUAGGUCGAAUUACGUUUGCCUAGUUGUGCUUCCAUGCCCCGGAGCUUUUAUUGAAUCUUUUAGAGCGUGUAUUGAAUCCUUCAGAGCUUUGUUGCUUUUAUUGUCUGGGGAUGUAGAGAAGAACCCAGGCCCUAUGAGCAAGCAACAAGAGGAUGAAUUCCUUGCGCUUGUGCAGACGGUCGCGAAACUUCAGAGUAGUCUUGCUCUUCUGCAACAAGAGGUAAACCUACUAACACAGAAAAAUAUAGAAAGCGAAAAAUCUGCUUCCGCUCUAGAAGAACGCGUUAAAAACCUAACAACUGAACUCGACUUACUAAAGCAGAAGGAAAUCGGUAACGUCACACCUACCGAACUUCAGCUUACUACAGCUCUAAACGAACUUUCGCAGCUGAAAACCCGUUGUGACGACGCGGAGGGCAGAUCCCGUCGUAACAACCUCCUAUUUUUUGGCGUCACUGACACCGAUAAGGAAACGUGGGCCCAGUCCGAGGGCUUGGUAACCGGCCUGUGUUCCAGUAACCUAGGCGUGAAUAUCGAAGCAAGCAAAAUUGAAAGAGCGCACCGCUUGGGAGCGUUCAAUCCACGAAAAUGUCGCCCUAUAAUCGUGAAGGUUUCAUCAUUUAAGGAUAAAGAGGGCAUUCUUUUGUCGGCAUUUAAGCUCAAAGGGACACGUGUAGCCAUCAGUGAAGAUUUUCCCAUUUCUGUCCGACUUGCGCGCCGUCACCUUCUUGAUUUUGCCAAGCCUAAAGGCACGACUUACAAGCUGCGUCACGAUAAGCUGUUUUUAGAUAAUAAGUGUUAUGUAUAUGACGCCGCUCUUGGUGCCGUGAAGGGAAAAAAUUGUGGUGACCAUGACGGUGCCAGGACGGUAGACAGCAACUGUAACGAUAUGACGAAAAACUUAGGCAUCCUGCUCGGAUGGAAGCUGUCGGGCCCACUGGCGAUGUUGAGUGAUGCCGCCGCUUGUCUACCCAGUGGCGCUGAGCUCGCGGAGGUGGCUGAUGAUUGUGGUGACCAUGACGGUGCCAGGACGGUAGACAGCAACUGUAACGAUAUGACGAAAAACUUAGGCAUCCUGCUCGGAUGGAAGCUGUCGGGCCCACUCAUGUUCUGA